AUGGGGGCAGAAUGGCACGAUCUAGAUGAAUGUCUGGAAGGUAGCCAUGCUUGCAAUCCUGCUACACAGAACUGCGUAAAUGCCGUUGGGAGCUAUCGUUGUGUCACUAAGGCAAGUUGUCCUCAUGGUUAUAGAUGGAGUCAGUUCCGCAACAAGUGCGAUGAUGUGAACGAGUGUGUUGAAGGCACAGAUGACUGUGACAGAAGAACUCAGCACUGUGUCAACACGCAAGGAAGUUUUCAAUGUCAGACGAGAGCGCCACCGCCAGUUCAGAAAUGUGGGACAGGCUUUACUUAUGAUUCAAGCAGACAGGAAUGUAUAGAUUUAGAUGAAUGUUCGAUUCAUCAACCGUGCGAAGCUGACCAGAAUUGUGAAAACACUGCCGGAAGCUUUAGAUGUACCUGCUUCCAGGGCUACACUAGGGAUGCUUUCACUGGACGAUGUAAAGAUGUGAACGAAUGUCAGUUAGGACUGCAUUCGUGCGGCGUCAGCCAGCGGUGUGACAACACCAUCGGCUCCUUCACUUGCGUGAGGAUUACCAGCUGUGGCACAGGCUACACGCUCAAUGCAGCUUCUGGAGACUGCGAAGAUGAUGACGAAUGUGAGUUGGGCACCCACAACUGUGGACCAGGUUUUGAGUGUCGAAACAAGUUGGGAUCUUUUCGCUGUGACAGAAUCAAGUGUCCUCUGGGACAGAAGCUGCUCGCCGAUGGGACUUGUAAAGUGGUCAUUUGUGGUAAAGGGAUGGAACAUGACGAUGCGGGAAAUUGCGUAGAUAUCAACGAAUGUGCCCGUAGUGAUGCCUGUCGACCCAAUCAACGAUGUUUGAAUACAGUAGGAUCGUAUAUGUGCAGGAACAUACACAGUUGCGGACCUGGUUUUGAGUUGAAUGAUCUCGGAAAUCAGUGUGUUGAUGUGGACGAAUGUGCCAGAAGGAUCGAUGAAUGUGGCCCUCAACAGACAUGUCGGAAUCGACCUGGUGGCUACGUAUGUGAAUGUCCUCGCGGAUACACUCUCAGUGCUCGAAGAGAAUGUGAAGAUAUAGAUGAAUGCACACGAUACCGUGGGCAAGUAUGCUCGAGUGUGUCCGAGUGUGUUAAUACUCAAGGAUCCUAUGAAUGCAUCUGUAAGGAAGGUUUUAGGAAAGCGGAUGACGGUAAAAAUUGUAUAGAUAUUGAUGAAUGUGCGUCGUCUCCAAACAUCUGCCAACACACCUGUAAUAACGUAUGGGGUUCUUACCAAUGUACUUGCAAUCAAGGAUACACUUUGAAUUCAGACAAUAGAUCCUGCCAUGAUAUCGACGAAUGUAAGAUGUGGGAAGGUCGAGGCAAUCUUUGCAUCGGCUUCUGUGUAAAUGAACCUGGAUCUUAUUCCUGCACCUGCCCAUCAGGGUAUAAAUUAUCCUCAGACAAAAGGACUUGUCAAGAUAUUGACGAAUGUGAGCAAUCCAACGUUUGCGAGCCCGAAGAAGUGUGUCUAAACACAAGAGGAGGUUACAAGUGUAAUCGCAUAAUCUGCCCGCCCAACUACUUCAGAGAUAAAGACCAUAGGAACCAGGAAUUGAACAGCGAUGGUACAGUGGUGUGCCGCAAAAAGUGUCGUCAAAAUGACAUUGACUGCGUCUUGAACGAGACACAAACAGUCACACACCAGUCACUGGCAUUACCCACUAUUCCUUAUCUACCUCAGCCUUUGAUCUUGACGAUGAUGAGAGCCGUAGCCUCCGGGAAUUCGGGAAGAUCUUUCCUUACAGACUAUCAAAUUUUGGACGGAAACACACAGAAUUUGUUCGACAUACUUAAAGGACAAGGAGUUGGUUCCUUGAGGCUCACCCGCCCAAUUUAUGGACCCCAGGAAUUGUUUCUUCACAUUCUUAUGACGGUUCAUCUCAACCACAGACGUCCUUUCAUAUCUUCGUCCAGGCACCUGGCAGUUAUCCACAUUGUAGUAUCUGAAUAUGAUUUUUAACUUAUCAUUCCAAUCCAUGGACGAAAAGACUAACGCUGGUGAAAUUCCCCAUGCGCAUAUCUAACCCGGUGUAUUUGUAUGAAUCUCAUUAAAGAUCUGUUACAACUUUUA